AUGACUAGCACUACAUUGAAUUUGCUAAGUGUUGACAAACUAAAUGGCAAUAACUAUACUAGUUGGAGAAGCAUUAUAAACACUAUGCUAAUUAUCGAUGACCUGAGGUUCAUCCUUGUUGAGGAAUGUCCUCAAGUACCUGCUGUUGGAGUAUCUCGAAAUGUUCGGAAUGCAUAUGAAAGUUGGGUCAAGGCGAACGAAAAGCCCCGAGCGUACAUCUUGGCAAGCUUAUCUGAAGUCUUAUCCAAGAAGCAUAAAACCAUUGUCACUGCACGACAGAUCAUGGAUUCGUUGAGGGAGAUGUUUCGACAGUCGUCCAUCAACUCCGACAUGACGCUCUUAAAUACAUCUUUAAUGCUCGUACGAAAGAAGGGGCUUCUAUUUGAGAACAUGUUUUAA